UUCCGUAUAUCGGCCCUAAUGCAGUUGCACUAAAUAUUACCGCCAUGGCCUUUACCAACCAGCGAUAGCAAAUGGUAUAAAUACGCCAUCAAUGGUCAACUUAGAUAUCGUCAAAGUUUAAUCGUUGUGGAGUAAACAUCGCGACAAAUCAACAAAAAUGAAAUUCUUCGUCGCCGUCUCCUUCGCCUUAUUGGCUUGCGCUGCUGCAGACGUCUCCCAUCUCGGCGGUGGUUACAAUUAUCCCGCUCCAGUACAUGAAGAAAUUCGAUCGGAACCCAUUGUGCCACAAAACACCUACCUCCCACCAGCUCCUAUUCAUGAAGCAAUCCAAUCCCAGCCUAUUGCAACACCACAAAACACCUACCUCCCGCCAGCUCCUAUUCAUGAAGCAAUCCAAUCCCAGCCUAUUGCACCACCACAAAACACCUACAUCCCACCAGCACCAAUCCAUGAAGCGGUUCAAUCCCAGCCUAUUGCACCACCACAAAACACCUAUAUCCCACCAGCACCAAUCCAUGAAGCGGUUCAAUCUCAGCCUAUUGCACCACCACAAAACACCUACAUCCCACCAGCUCCAAUCCAUGAAGCGGUUCAAUCUCAGCCCAUUGCCCCACCACAGAACACAUAUCUUCCUCCAUCGGGUUACCGCUACAAGACCGUUCGUCGCGUUGUCUACAGACGCCGUUUCUAAUUGAACGCUGAGUUGACAUUUUGUUGAUUAUUAUUAGUUAUUUUUGUUAUGAUUUACU